UUUAAACAAAGAUGGCUGUUUGCUAGCUGUUGUACGUGAAGGAAAUUAAGUGCACGUUUGAAAGCAAAUAUUUCAAAUUUAAUAGUACAAGGGUACAUUUGAAACCAAGGUGCUUAGACAGUUUAACCAAAUUAUUUCUUUUUACUACGCAUCUUUUAGUAUUUAUUCAGCACAUCUUAUAUUUCUUUCAGAGGAUGCGUCGCAAGAGUGAACGCACGGCCACUAAAAAAACUAAGGCUUCGCCUGAGAAGAAAAUCGAAAAAGUAAAAAGAACUAGAACUAGACGCCGAAAGCAGUCUGCUUCAUCUGACAAUGAAUCUGCAGAUGAAGUGACACCAGUGCAAGAAAAGGAAAUUGUUGCUGAUCCAGAGCAGAAAGCACCUCAAACACCCGGCAAAGAGGCUAGUCCUGAGGAUGCCCCAGAUCAAGUUUGGCAUGUAAAAACAACUGAAGGCGGUGAUGUUGGAGAGAUACAAAAAUUGAAGAUUUGUUUAACACGUCCACCAUCAACGCCGGAAAGAGUUGAUAGAUCUCCUCGCAGUAAAAGAAAACACUCACGUGCCACUAGUUCUAGUGAUACUCCUAGUAGUGAGGGUGUGGAAGAGAAAAAGAAAUCGAAACAUCGAUCUAAAAGAUCCACACGUGACUCCAAAGAUGAUUCCGAAAAAAAUCACGACAGUCAAGAGGAACCAGAUGUGGAAGCGGAAACUUCGCAAGAUAAAUCUAGUAAUGAAAUAUCUCAAAGCACCAUACCUACUGAAGAAUCUAUUUCAGAUAACACUCCUAUGUCAACAACAAAUGAAGAAGUAAAAAUAGAAGAAAGCUGUUCUAAUGAAACCGAAAACCAAGCAAGCAAACCAACCAAUUCAGUAGAUGAUUCUCUUGAAAAUCGUAAGUCUUCAGAUGCUGAUACAACUGUUGCUUCACCCAAAGUUGAAACAACAGCUGUAUCAUCAGAUGUAGAUACUAAUGAAAACAGAGAAUCAGUUGAAUCAACUAAAGUUGAAACUCCUAAAGAAUCUUCUGAAGAUAAAUCUGAAGUAUUGGAAUUGCAUGCAGAGGAAAAUAAAUGUGAAUCAAUAGAUACAGAAGUGGAUAAGUCUCAAAAAGAUGACCAAGGUGAAAAAGGUACUCAAGACAGUGACCAGGACAUGUCUACAAAUGAUAAGGUAAGUAAAAAUGAAGAUGAAACUGACAAUGUCUCUUCUAAGGCAACAAAGUCACCAAAUGAACAUAAAAAAUCUACUGAUGAAACUGAUGUUGUAGAAAAUAGUGAACAUAAAAUAGAGGAUAGUCAAAAUUCUGUCAUAUCUACAAAGGAGAAGGAGGAACCAAAUGAAAAACACUUAGAAAGGACUGAUUCUACCCAAUCUGCACCAGAGGACACAAUUGCUGCUCCUAUUGUGAUAAGCAGGAAAAGAAGGUGGGGUUCCAGGCCCAAUAAAUCAAUCUCUUCAAAAUCUUUAACAAUUUCCACUGAUGUCCUAAAAGAAAUAAUACCUGAUGUAAAGCCGACAGAGUUUGAUGAAGUUAUUGAAGACAAGAAGAAUAAACGUGAAGUUAUCGAAAAGCUGGAAAGGCCUGUACUGCCCAAAAUUGUUAUAGAUAAUUCAGAAAGUGUGGAAAAUAAUAAACGGAGUGAUGAAAAGGAUGUCAAACCUCGUGAAAUACAAAUGUUGUCUAAUAGAAAAAUAUCAAUAGUUAAGGAAAACGACAGUAUAAUUGCAAGACCACCAAGUCCACCUAGAAAUAAACAAUCAUGUAUUUUAUACAUAACAAAUCUUGUCAGACCUUUCACCCUGGCUCAAUUGAGAAAUCUGCUUCAAAGGACUGGAAGAAUUGUAGAAGAAGGCUUUUGGAUAGAUAGGAUCAAAUCUAAAUGCUAUGUAAAAUAUGAAAACGAAGACCAAGCAGUUGAGACACGUCAUGCAUUACAUGGUGUCACUUGGCCUGUAUCUAAUCCAAAAACAUUGCAAGUAGAUUUCUCUACUGAUGAGGCAUUUGAAAUGGCCAAAACAAAUGAAGAAACAGACAAGGCACAAAUAUCAACAAUUCCAGGCACAGUGGAAGAUUGGCUUCGGGAACAAGAUAUGAAGAGAGAACGUGGAGAGGAUAAAUCAUUUGAGAGGAAAGCUGCAAUGAGAGAGUGGGACAUGGGAAAGAAUGACAAAGAUAAAGAUGGCAAGGAAAAAUUACGCCGACCUGAUGAUAGACCGAUGGAUAAAAGAAGACACCGAAGUAUUGAAAGAAGUCCUGAACCAGCAAGAAAAUUUAAAAAAAAGGAAGAAGAAGCACCUGCAAAGCUGUUGGAUGAUCUAUUCAGAAAGACUAAGACCACUCCGUGCAUAUAUUGGUUGCCCCUCUCAGCUGAAACAAUCGCAGUAAAGGAAGAGCAGCGUCGCCAACACAUGGCUGAACAUGAACGCCGCUUACAGGAGUUGCGUCGCACUCACCGCCGCCACUAGCAUGAAAGGCACGCUUGGAGGAAAUCCUAUGAUUUAAAUCGUCAUCGGAGUUACGCAGAUGCUUGAUCGUCAAGCGAGGAGAGACGUAGUCGGGACUCCGCAUGGGAUGUAUCUGAACGCCGCUGAACUGAUUCGCAGCAUUGAAGCUGGGUGUUCGGACACGGGAGUGCACAAAUGUCUUCAUGGCCGUGCAACUCGUUUACAAAAUUUUAUUACAUGUUCAUCGAGAGGUACAGAUUCAUCUCUCGUCUAUUUACUGGCAAAUAUAAUCCCAGACUUUCUACUGUGACAAUUUAACAGAUUUUGACUGAAGAUUUGAACAAUUUAUACCCGCAAUAUGAUCAAAAGGAAUACCAAUGGAAAUUUUGAAGAAGGAUGUCUAUAUUGAUGAAUUCCUUGAAAGGAUGGAUGAGCCUAUAUGAGAAGACUAUAACUGUAGAUAUGGAAUUUAGAAUUGGAUUUGGUAUUGGUGUAUGGAGUUACAUUUACAUCAACUACAAUAGACACUUAGCGUGACAUAAUUUUUGAUGUAUUAGAGUAAAAAUGUGGUUGAAUCCCUUGAGAAUUGUUUUUGUCAACAUAAUGAUAUUCCAUUGAUGUUAAUAAACAUUUUCCUAUUCUA